AUUUUAAAACUUGAGAAUAAAAUGUCAUUUGCCAACUCUGUAGUUUUUAAUUUUUUAAAAUUUAUAAUUAUUGGAUCAAUUUACAAUGAAUUAUUGUCAAAUUGUAUUGAUAAUAUUUGUAAAAGUGAAAAUUGUAAAGAAGCAUCAAGAUUAAUAUUUGAAGGAUUAAAACAAGAUGUAGAUCCAUGUGAUGAUUUUUAUGAAUUUACUUGUGGUAAAUGGUCAACUUCAAAUCCCAUUGUUGAUGAUAAUAAACAAUCAACAAGAGAGACAAUUGGUUUGGAAAUAUUUGAUCGUCAAUUACUGGAAAUUCUUGAAUCAAAAGAGUAUGAUAAUUCAACUAGAUCUAGAAAAAUAAUGAGACAAUAUUAUUCAAACUGCAUGGACACUGAUACUCUUGAUCGUAUUGGUCUUGAUCCAAUAAAUAAAAUAAUUGAAAAAGCAUCAGGAAGAUGGCCAAUAAUGAUUGACAAUUAUAUUGAUGAUAAAGAUUGGCAUUUAGUUGAUGAAUUUUAUGGUAAUUUAACAAGCUCUUAUUCAUUAUUUGACAUUAAAAUUGUUUCUGAUUAUGCUACGCGAUCUACAAAUAAAAUAGAAAUUCAAGCUCCAAAGUUUCCAAGAGUUGAUGUAUUUCCUUUGCCUCAACGAUGGAACAAUUGGAAAGAAAAAAAAACAGAAUAUCAUUUGUUUAUUGAAAAAGUAUCAAAAUUAAUAUUAAAAAAUCAAAAUAUUAAUUAUUCAGAUAAAGAUUUCGAUGAAGAAAUAACAAAAAUACUCGAUUUUGAACAUGCAUUAUAUCAGGCAAGUGAAAAUUCAUAUGAUAUAAAUUUCGAAAAUAUUACAAUCAAAGAACUACAAAAACAUUAUGAUGAUAGUUUAAAUAAAAAUCAUAAAACUGGAUCAAUAAAUUGGUUAAAAUAUUUUAAAAAUAUUUUUGAUCCACUUAAUAUUAAUCUUGAUGAUGAUGAAAAUGUUUUGAUAAUGAUUUGGAAAUAUAUAUCAAGAUUGGCAAAGCUACUUAAUCAAACAGACAAUAGAACAAUAAUUAAUUACAUCAAUUGGAAAUUUAUAUCUACAUUUAUAUUAUUUACAAAUGAAGAAGCAAGAAUUUUACUAUUUGAUGUUCGUGAUAUAAAUAUUGAUAGAAGAUUAUCACGACAAAAAGAAUGCUUGAUUGAGUGUCGUCUUUCCCAUACAUUAUUUCACUUGUACUCGGAGAUUUAUUUUCCAAAAAAUUAUAAAAAUAACAUAUUAAAAAUAAGUGAAAAAUUAAGAAAACAAACUCUUGAUGAUAUUUCAAAAACAAAUUGGCUUGAUGGAAUUACAAAAUCAAUUUUAUAUGAUAAAAUUGAAACGAUACACAUGAUGAUUGGAUAUUACGAUUGGUAUGAUGAACCUCAAAGUAUUGAAAAUUAUUAUGCUGAGUUGGACCCUGGAAUGACAUAUUUCGAUAACAUAUUGAACUACGCAAAAUUUGAUAAAGUUAAAAAUUUAAAACAAUAUAAACUUCCAAUGACACCAUAUGAAUGGAACAUAAUAAAACCAACAAGUUUUAAUGCAAUGUACAGCUACUAUUUCAAUGCAAUACUGUUUCCAAUGGUCUAUGCUAAUUCACCAAUUUUUUCCAUUGAUUUGCCACUAGCAGUUAAAUACGGUUCUGUUGGUUUUAUUAUUGGUCAUGAAUUUUAUCACGCACUUGACCCACAUGGAAUUUUAUAUGAUAAAAAUUGGGUCGAAGUUGAAUGGCCUGUAUUGACAAGUGAUUAUUAUAAAAAAAAAAUAAAUUGUUUUGAGAAUGAUUUUAAUAAAAAUAUAACUGAGUUUGAUACAAUUACAAAUGAAACAAUGAUUAUUCAAUCAAUUGGAAAUUUCAGAAAGCUUGAAAAUAUGGCUGAUAUUGCUGGAAUAAAAGCAGCAUAUUUAGCUUAUAAAAAUGAAACUAAAAAAAAUGAUGAUGUUAAAGUUAUUGGUCUUGAAAAUUAUACAAGUGAUCAACUAUUUUUUAUUUCAUUUGCAACUAAAUUUUGUCAUACUGCAACUUUUACAUGGUGGAAUGAAAGAUAUGGAAAAAAUGGUACAGAAGAACAUAGUCCACCUCGAUUGAGAAUAAAUGAGUCUCUUCGUCAUUUGAAAUAUUUUUCAGAAACAUUUAAUUGUCAGCCUUUAAGUCCAAUGAAUUCCAAUUCCAGGUGUAUUGUAUUUGGAAAUGACAAUGAUUAAUUAAUUGAAAAAUAAUUUGUUUCUAUGUUUUUUUUUU